GAAAUAAGCUGCGAAAUGGUUCAGAAACAGACAAUGCAUAGAUAUCACCUUAAUCAAGGAAUGAAUGUAUUCCACUUUAUGCAUAUUUUGCUCCUGAUAUGUGCAAGUAUUGGACAUAUUUGGUCAGAACAGGCUUGUGACGCACACGAUUCGCAGGCACUUAUGUUGAGGCUGAGACAACUGAAGACAGAAACUGAAACCAAAUUCAAAGAAGUAACGACGAGGAUCGAAUAUCUAGAAAAUGAAUUAGCAGAUCAAAAAGAUGGAGAAUGGUCCACCUGGGGUGGUUGGAGCACUUGCAGCGAAAGUUGUGGAAGAGGUAUUCAAUCACGAAAUCGCACUUGUACAGAUCCGGCACCAUCAAAGUUCGGACAACAAUGUUUGGGUAACAGUGAACAAAUAACCCUAUGCAAUAAGCAGCAAUGCCCUGACGCCAACGUAGCAUUUACCGCAACUGACAUUGACAAUAGUGCAUAUGGAGAGUCAGGUAUAAGGUUUCCAAACGUCCGGGUGAACAUUGGGAAUAACUAUGACAGCGCAAAUGGAACAUUUACAACUUCUAUUCCCGGGCUGUACCAUCUGGUCGUCGUAUUAACACUAGAUCGUUCAGGCCAACAUACAGCUUCUUGCAAGUUGUGCGUUAAUGGGGUUGCACAUUUCAAUAUAUACAUGAAGCGAUUUGACGACAACUACUCCUCCAUAGCUGCAGGAACAUUUAACCUCAAAAGAAAUGACGUCAUACACCUUUGUUCUUGUAAUGGCACACAGUACAUGAACAAAGGUAAUACAAAUAUGUUUACGGGAUUCCUUAUCAAACCUCUUUAAGACGAGUUGCCGGCGACAUCUUAUUGUAAAUGUUGUGUUUCUCUCAAGUGAAUAACGAUGCAUGUGUCUUAACCAUAUUUUACUUUAAUUAGAAACAUAAAAUUUCUUUGAUUCAUCUAAUCUUCAUGUUACUAGGAUAAAAAGUGAUUUAUUUACUUUCGAUAUCAAUUUUGUUUCACUGCAUUCAACAUUUGUUAAUAAACAUAGUGUAGCGGUUACACCAUGUCAGCA